AUUUUGUAUGCACAGAGACUGAGAAGCUACAACCAAUAUUGUUUCUUAUAUUGAUUAACAAUUAGUGGUUUUAGAGAGGUUUGGUGAAGAAAUUACAGCCUUUUUUAGAAUUUUUUUAUUUUUAUUUUAUUGGUUGAGCUAAGUGGUAAUAAGUGGGUUAGAAUUAAUUUCCUUAAUUAGUGAUCAUGAAGCCGGAGAGUGAGAAGAAAAAAGAGUAAAUUAAAAAAUAAUAAUAAUAAAAAAGAAAAAUACAGCUCAGCAUUGAAUCCUCAUCAGCAUCAGCGUGAAUAGAAGUUCCAGUCACCCUGAGAAAAACACCCGCGAAGAUCCUCUCUUGUAUUUGUCAGAUAUUCCGGCAAAAAGAAAAAAAAAGAAAAAGAAACACUAUAUACCCCCUCAUACCCUUCCCAUAUACACCCACCACCGUCGUCCUCGGAUCCGAACCCAUCGUCGUCGUCUCUGUAUCUUUUACCUUUCUUUUUUUUUUUUUUUUUUUUUUUUUUUUUUGAGCUUUUGAAAUUCAUGAUCUCGCCCAACCCAAACCCAAACCCAAACCCAAACCCCACCACCUAAUCUCACGCGCUGCUUUCUGGAAUUCUCUUUUUAAGAUUAUAGGGUCUACUACUAGGGUUCUUCUUUAUUAGUAUUAUUAUUAUUAUUUAUUUUUUUUCUGGGUUUUUGGGUUAUUGGGGUUUUCUACUGGGUUUUGUCUCCAUAGCAACAGGACGACAGCCACGUUGGCUCCAUCAUAGCAAAAGCAUAACCUACUUUACCGCUGCUUCUGUCGGAUUCAUUUUCAUUUAUCAUUUUUAUUUUGGGUAUAUAAUUAGGUAGACGAUGGAACUGAGCGUGUAUUGGGUCGACGUCAAUGUCACGUGAGCUCCAUCCCUUCCAAUCGUCUCCUCUGUGAUCUCUUUCUCUCUCUCUCUUUCUGCUGGGGAAAAAUUCAAAAUAUUGUUCAUAUAUGUAUAUAUAUGUAUGAACGUGUAUGGCUUAUGAACACCGCCCCCAGCAGUAUCAUCACCACCAACAGCAACAACCACCACCACCACUACCACCUGGAGAGGCAGGCGGCGGUGGGGGAGGAGGUGGAAGCGGUGCUCUUCAGUUCUUGAAUUCCCCUUUCGGGGAUACCACCUUCACCAAGGUUUUCGUGGGUGGGCUGGCGUGGGAAACCCGCAGUGACACCCUCCGGCGAUAUUUCGAGCAGUUCGGUGAUAUCCUUGAGGCCGUUGUCAUCGCCGAUAAGAAUACGGGGCGAUCCAAGGGUUAUGGUUUUGUGACAUUCCGUGAUCCUGAAUCUGCGAGGAGGGCUUGUAUGGACCCCAGUCCUGUUAUUGAUGGUAGGAGGGCUAAUUGUAAUCUGGCUUCACUUGGACGGCCUCGCGUUCCUCUUUCCUACGGACAUAUGAGAGCAGCCUCCCCAUUCUUUGGCCGUAUGCAGGCUCCCAGAGGUGCUUACGUCGGAAGUUCUGGUUACCAGCAACCAGUUCCGUAUAGUUACCAGCCUGGAUUCAUGUAUCCAUCAUAUGGGUACUCAUCAUAUGGACCUGAAAUUGUCUACCCCCAGGGUGUCUACAACCCCUAUGGGGGUCAGCAGUACCUUCAGAUAUAUGGAGUACCUGGAGCAGUCAAUACUGGUGUUUAUUCAUAUGGGCAGUUAAGUCAUUCACUUUCUGGUAGUCAUGGGUACACAACAAUUCAAGGCUAUGGGCUUCCAGGUCAAUAUAUGCUACAAUUUAGUGGUCCCAAUGUCAAUGGAGCAACAACAACUGCCAUUCCUGCUAUUCAGUCACCAUAUCCUACAGGUAUGGCUGCACCAGCUCCAGGACAAGCCCAAAUCAUAGUUCCUUCUAAUUCUCCUCAAUUCACCAGCGGUUCUGAUCAAACAGUAGGUUAAAUGGUAAAGCGAAACAUCCAGAUCUUCAGGUAAUCCUUAGAUUGCAGCAGGACUAAGAGCAGCAGCACUGCCUACUUAAGUGGCGGGCUUCAAUUCUAGCCUUGCAAAUUAUCAUCUUUGCAUUCUAGAGGUCAUCCAUAAUGGUCAUCAGAGAUACCGCAAAAGUCAGUUGUAAGAUGUCGCGUCAUUCUGAACCCGGAGUAUGGAGCAUGGAAGAGCCCAGGUUGCUUUCUUCUACCAGUGUCUGUAAAAUACACUCUUGUCUUCCUGCCAAGGCGUGGAGCCACGGGCAGAGAAUGUGUUGAUGGUUGUUGGUUUUCCGGAAUAUGGUUUCUGGCAAAGCCAUGUGAGACUGUAAAUGUGUAAAAAAAAGAAAAAAAGAAGAAGAAAAAAUUAGUGUUCCUUUAUCUUUAAGAAUCAAAUCCAAACAUGAUUCUUUAUUUGUGGGAACCCAGGGGGUUGGGUUCUCAGUCAAUUCGUAGCAUGCUUUUGGGGUUUUCUCAAAUUGUGUGUAAUUUUCGCAUUCGAUCUGUGCAUAGUAGCCCAGUCAUUGUUGAUCCUUGAAUUUGACUAUUUAUUGCAUAAAAUUCCUUAGUACUUUAGAAACC